AGGAAGUUGCCGGCAACGGGAGCGGGCUUCUCAAGAUGGCUGACGCCGUGGUCGUCGAACGGCGUUCCAAACACUUUUAACUCUCAUGCAGGUUUACGUACUGUUGCUAUGUCUUCAGGAAUGGCUCGGCAAACGCCGUGUCUAACCAGCCGAUGGGAUCAGCCAGCCCAGUCUGAGCAGAACGACAGUGGGAAUGUAGCCCAUCGUGUUUCAGGGGUUAUCGGCACGUCUGCUUCAAACAGUUCACUCCCUCUGACGCAGCAAGAAAGCAGCGUAAUGGCUGGAGCAGAAAAGCCAGAACCUCAGGGAGGGGUUGAAAUGGCCGCUGCCAUGGCUGCUAAAAUAAAUGCCAUGUUGAUGGCAAAAGGGAAACUUCUGACUCCCCCACCAUUGUUGACAAAGACCCCCGUAUGCGUGCCAGUGCUGGCUCCCACAGAAGAGCUGGUUGUCACUGAGGUUGACAUAAAUGAUGUGCCUCUAAAUUGCAGAGACCUUCUCACUAAAGGCAAAACCCAAGAGGAGAUUCGGCUGUGUAGCGGGGCAGUUGUCUCAACUAGAGGACAUUUCAUGUCUGAUGUCGAAAGGGAAAAAUCUGGAGGACAAAGACCUUUGUAUUUGCAUGUCCAGGCAAAGACCCAGGAGCAGGUCAAUAAAGCUGUCGCGAGAAUAAAAGAGAUCAUCGCUGAGGAUAUGUUGAGGGCCUCUGCGGCUUCGGGAGGUCAACCAAUGCCCAUAAUUCCGCCGCUCACACUGUACCCACAGCCUCCUCGGCCCGUCAUCCAAACACCUAAUACCAGCUCAACACAGAGUCAGGGGCAUCGGCCAGCUGCUCCUCAUCCAGGGAACUUUGUCCACACAAAGAUAUUUGUUGGCCUAGAACAGUCGAUGCCAUCAUUCAACGUAAAUGAAAACGUCGAAGGUCCAGGAGGGACAUACUUGGGUCACAUCCAGACAGAAACGGGGGCUCGAGUCUUCCUCAGGGGCAAAGGUUCUGGCUACAUUGAACAGGCGUCCAAACGGGAGUCUUUUGAACCGCUUUAUGUCUAUAUCAGCCACCCAAACGUAGCGGGACUGGAGGGAGCCAAGCAUCUCACAGAGAGUUUGUUAGAAACUGUGAGAGCCGAGCACGCUCGCCUAAAGUCGUCGUACACGGCCACCGCCUCAACUCAAUCAUACGCAGCUCAUGGAUUUCCACCUAAUAGCAAUUACUCUAGCCAGUCAUCCUGGUAUAACUACCCAGCCAAUGGGUAUGCUGGAGGCUAUUCAGCGUACCCAGGAGCCGGUGGUUAUUGGAGUAAUGCAAAUGGUCCCCCAAGUCAUUCUAACAUGUCGACAACCCCUCCAUCUUCUCAGGCAAUGGUUCAGUACCCGGUGUGUCCACGGAAACCAAAUCCGUAUAUUGUGGAGGGUGUUGGUAGCCGUGACACAGCGGACCCUGUAGGAUCUUUACACGCUCAGCAGGACGCAGGAAGUUCAAAUCAGAAGUUCCAUGAAGUCACUGAGGAAGAACAGCCAACCAGCUCCUCCCAGGAGGCUCCUGCUCUUCGAGAGUCCACGCUUCCUUCUCCUGUCAUCCAAGACAAAACAGUCGAGAGGAUCCUCAUGCCCCCGCCACCGCCUCCCUUUGCUGCUCUCAUCUCUGGCCCCCGCAAGCGACCAAGCGACACGACGACCCAAGAUCCUGACAGUGCGCCCGACAGCGCCGCAUCUUCGGGUCUUGUUGAAGAUGUGCGCGAGAAGAAGCCCAAAGUGGUGAUGGAUGCAUCAGGGCUGGUGCCCUACGGCGGAGACUCUUCCGAUGAGGAAGAGGAGAGGACGCGUAGCAGUAAGAGCAGUAACUCGUGACCCCUUCAGAGAUGUGCUUGAAUUCCCCCCAAAAAAGAAAAAAAACCAAAAAAAAUCCACUUUCACACUAUAACACACCGGUUUGAGACGUCUGUUUCUUCAAGUUCUAUUUGAAAAGAAGACACGGUGUAGUUCAAGUUCUGAUAUAGGCAGGAAAUGUUAAGUUAAAAAAUUAACAGUUUUCCCUUGCAUAUUUGCAACUCCCUACUUGCAAAUAAAGUGAGAGGUUUUUGCUGAAAACUCACCCAUUUGCUGUUUUUGUGCACAGGCUACAGCUGCCACCUUGUGGCAAUCGCAAAUGUUUUGGGGGCUGGGGGUUUGAAUAGCCGAGGAACGCUGAAAAUGUCCACCGAGUACUUCAUGACUACAAUGUAGCAGUUUUUUUUUUUUAAUGAAAAUCACCAGAGAUUUAUUAAUCAGGACAUAUUUUAUUUUUGUUGAUCACAAAUCAGCCCCAUUUUUUUUUGUGUGUGUGUGAAUAGAAUUCAGAUCGGUUUCAGAUGGUAUAACCACAUGUGAGAGUGUUUUCUUCUCCUGGAAAAUGGAUGUAUGUUCCCAUGGAAUACUAUAAUAAAAACACCUUAAAUUUACACUUA